GGGCGGCGUGUAAAGUUGCCAGCACGCACCCAGCGCCCCUGCUCCUCACCGUCAAUGGUUGACGCGCCUGGGCGCUCAUUUGCACACGGGGAGGGGAGAGAUCCCAUCUUGCUUUCUUAGAGAAAGGGUCGCCAGACAUUUGCUGCCCUCGUAGAAGAAGAAGAAGAAACGUGCCAAUGAGAAGAGUGCAAGGCAGUUGUUUCUUGCCAGCAGCUAAGUUGUAGAAUUGCUUUGGAGACCGCCCCGGGGAGCGCGAUAGAAUUGACAAGAGCGGAACAGACACCGUUGCAGAGCAAGGUACGCCUGAUUGCACAGGAGUCGGAUCCCCGGGACGCAGCCUCUGCUCCUGCCCUAACUAUUUGUGGCCCAAGAAAGGAAACGGGAUUAGAAACAGGAUUGCAAGCGGGAUUCCUGAAAGGAAAACACAUACACUCUCCUAAAGGAGGGGAGGAACAACCCAGCUGGCGUGUACAUUUUUUUUUUUUUUAAAGGAGAAUCCCUCAGUUCUCCCAACUGGAUGACGUUGAACCCUUGGACACCUUUAGUCUGAUCAAGGAGGUAUUUCUGUAUCAGAGGAUUUCCAAGCAGGAUGGAGAGAUACUCCGUGGAGUUAUGUGGAAAUGAGAGCGAUUCACAAAACCCCUCCUCCAGGAGAGAAUGACUUUCAUAGAUGCAGCUUCGCUUCUGGUUUUCACGACAGUGUGACAGAGCCAUGCCUGCCCUUCCUGCUAUUUUCAGUGAUUCCCAGAACAUCUGAACAGUAAUGCUUGCCUUGGAUUUUCAUAUUGUCAUCCCGAUACCUUGUUUACUUCUUUGGGGCAGAAAAGCUUGCACUCAUUACUCUCCAUGGUGGCUCAUUUUUUCAAGAGCUUGAUUUUCCCUUACAUAUAUAAGCUUUGCAAAGGAAUGUUUACAAAGAAAUUGGGAAACACAAACAAAAAAAAAGAGAACCGUCAGCAGAAAAAGGAUCAAGACUUCCCUCCUGCUGGCCAGACCAAACCCCCCAAAAUCUCUAACACCUUGAAAAGCACCGUCAAGAAGAUCGCCAAGUGUUCAUCAGCUCGCAACUUGUCCAUUGACGACGACCAGGAUAACAAAGAGUUUUCCCUGUCGCCCACGUUCAGUUACCGUGUAGCUAUUGCCAACGGCCUACAAAACAGCACUAGCGUAGCCAACCAUGAUAAUGAGGCUCUCCUUCAAGAGCUGUCUUCCAUUGAGAGUUCCUACUCAGGAUCAUUAAAUGAACUAAGGAGUAGUACAGAAAACCAGGUACAGCCAGCGCACACCAUGCCUGUUCGACGCAACAGGAAGAGCUCUAGCAGCCUGGCACCCUCCGAGGGCAGCUCCGACGGGGAGCGCACGCUCCACAGCUUAAAACUAGGAGCCUUAAGAAAACUGAGGAAAUGGAAGAAGAGUCAAGAGUGCGUCUCCUCAGAUUCAGAGCUGAGCACCGUGAAGAAACCCUGGGGCAUCAGAAGCAAGUCUUUGGACAGAACUGCCCGAAACCCAAAGACCAAUGCCCUGGAGCCAGGGUUUAGUUCCUCGGGCUGCAUUAGCCAGACACAUGACGUCAUGGAGAUGAUCUUUAAGGAACUUCAGGGAAUAAGUCAGAUCGAGACAGAACUUUCUGAGCUGCGAGGGCACGUCAAUGCUCUCAAGCACUCCAUCGACGAGAUCUCAAGCAGUGUGGAGGUUGUGCAAAGCGAAAUCGAACAGCUGCGCACAGGAUUCGUCCAGUCUCGGAGGGAAACCAGAGACAUCCACGAUUACAUUAAGCACUUGGGGCACAUGGGUAGCAAGGCGAGCCUGAGAUUUUUAAAUGUGCCCGAAGAAAGAUUUGAGUAUGUUGAAAGCGUGGUGUACCAAAUUCUAAUAGAUAAAAUGGGCUUUUCAGAUGUACCGAAUGCUAUUAAAAUUGAAUUUGCUCAGAGGAUAGGGCAUCAAAGGGACUGCCCCAAUGCAAAGCCUCGACCUAUACUUGUGUACUUCGAAACCCCUCAGCAAAGGGAUUCUGUCUUAAAAAAAUCAUAUAAACUCAAAGGAACAGGCAUUGGAAUCUCAACGGAUAUUCUGACCCAUGAAAUCAGAGAAAGAAAAGAGAAAGGGAUACCCUCCUCACAGACGUAUGAAAGCAUGGAUAUAAAAUUCUCUACCCCAGAGCCCAGAAUCAAGAAGAACAAUUGGCAGUCACCUGAGGACAGUGACGGAGAGCUGGAAUCUGACCUCAAUAGAAACAGUUAUUCUGUGCUUUCCAAGCCUGAGUUUCCAACAAAGGGAAGCACUUCCAAGCCAAGCUCAAAAUCACACAGUGCAAAAUCCAAGAAUAAAACGGCUAAUAGCAACAGAAUUUCAAAUAAGUCAAAUUAUGAUAAAACAUCCUCACAAUUGCCAGAAUCAGAUAUCGUGGAAAAGCAAACCACAACCCAUUAUGCUGAUGCGACACCUCUCUGGCAUUCACAGAGUGAUUUUUUCACUGCUAAACUUAGUCGCUCUGAGUCAGAUUUUUCCAAACUGUGUCAGUCUUACUCAGAGGAUUUUUCAGAAAACCAGUUUUUCAUUAGAACUAAUGGCAGCUCCCUCCUGUCAUCUUCAGACCGGGAACUGUGGCAGAGGAAACAGGAGGGCACACCCACCUUGUAUGACAGUCCUCAGGACCAGCAUUUAAGUGGGAGUGUUCAGGGUGUCCAAGGACACAGCGAAAUUGAAAACACAGAAACUGUGGAUAGUGGAAUGAGUAAUGGCAUGGUAUGUGCCUCUGGAGACCGAAGUCAUUAUAGCGAUUCUCAGCUCUCUUUGCAUGAGGAUCUUUCGCCAUGGAAAGAAUGGAAUCAGGUAGAGCAAGGAGCUGACUUAGGCUUGGAUUCUUCUACCCAAGAAGCUUUUGACUAUGACACCAACAGUCUUUCUGACCAACCCUUGGAUGUUUAUAAUAAAGACCUGGAAUACUUGGAAAAGUGCCACAGUGACCUUCAAGAUGACUCAGAGAGCUACGAUUUAACCCAAGAUGACAACUCAUCUCCAUGCCCUGGAUUGGAUAAUGAACCACAAGGCCAGUGGGGCGGCCAAUAUGAUUCUUAUCAGGAAUCUAAUUCUAAUGAGCUAUACCAAAAUCAAAGCCAAUUGUCCAUGAUGUAUCGAAGUCAGAGUGAAUUACAAAGCGAUGAUUCAGAGGACGCCCCACCCAAAUCGUGGCAUAGUCGAUUAAGCAUUGAUCUUUCUGAUAAAACUUUCAGCUUCCCAAAAUUCGGGUCUACACUGCAGAGGGCUAAAUCGGCCUUGGAAGUAGUAUGGAACAAAAGCACACAGAGUCUCAGUGGGUAUGAGGACAGUGGCUCCUCCUUAAUGGGGAGAUUUCGGACAUUAUCUCAAUCGACUGCAAAUGAAUCCAGUACCACACUUGACUCUGAUGUCUACACGGAGCCCUAUUACUACAAAGCAGAGGAUGAGGAGGAUUAUAGUGAACCAGCGGCUGAGAAUGAAACAGAUUAUGUUGAAGUGAUGGAACAGGUCCUUGCUAAGCUGGAAAACAGGACUAGUAUGACUGAAACAGAUGAACAAAUGCAGGAAUAUGAUCAGCCUUUAUAUGAAACACCUUACGAAACCCCACAAGAUGAGGGUUAUGAUGGGCAGGCAGAUGAUGUGGUUAGUGAAUGUGGAUUGGAACCCUUAAGUGAAACGUCAGCUGAAAUGGAAAUAAGAGAAGAUGAAAACCAAAACAUCCCUGAACAGCCAGUGGAAAUCACAAAGCCAAAGAGAAUCCGCCCCUCUUUCAAAGAAGCAGCUUUAAGGGCCUACAAAAAGCAAAUGGCAGAGUUGGAAGAGAAGAUCUUGGCUGGAGAUAGCAGUUCUGUGGAUGAAAAGGCUCGGAUAGUAAGUGGCAAUGGUUUGGAUGCUUCCAAAUUCGCUGCACUCCAGGUGUGUGGUGGGGCUGCAAGGGCACUUUAUGGCAUUGACAGUAUGCCUGAUCUCCGCAGAAAGAAAACUUUGCCUAUCGUACGAGAUGUGGCUAUGACUUUGGCUGCCCGGAAAUCUGGACUCUCCCUGGCUAUGGUGAUUAGGACAUCACUAAACAAUGAGGAACUGAAAAUGCACGUCUUCAAGAAGACCUUGCAGGCACUGAUCUACCCCAUGUCCUCCACCACACCACACAAUUUUGAGGUCUGGACAGCUACCACGCCCACCUACUGCUACGAGUGUGAAGGACUUCUGUGGGGCAUUGCUCGGCAAGGCAUGAAGUGUUUGGAGUGUGGAGUGAAGUGCCAUGAAAAGUGCCAGGACCUCCUAAAUGCCGACUGCUUGCAGAGAGCAGCAGAAAAGAGUUCUAAACAUGGUGCUGAAGACAAGACUCAGACCAUUAUUACAGCCAUGAAAGAAAGAAUGAAGAUCAGGGAGAAAAAUAGGCCAGAGGUAUUUGAAGUAAUUCAGGAAAUGUUUCAGAUUUCUAAAGAAGAUUUUGUGCAAUACACAAAAGCAGCCAAACAGAGUGUACUGGAUGGAACAUCUAAGUGGUCAGCAAAAAUAACCAUUACAGUGGUUUCUGCACAAGGCUUACAGGCAAAAGACAAAACAGGGUCUAGUGACCCAUAUGUUACAGUUCAAGUUGGAAAGAACAAAAGAAGGACUAAAACCAUUUUUGGAAACUUGAAUCCAGUAUGGGAUGAGAAGUUUUAUUUUGAGUGUCAUAACUCCACAGAUCGAAUCAAAGUCAGAGUGUGGGAUGAAGAUGAUGACAUUAAAUCCAGAGUCAAGCAACAUUUCAAAAAGGAGUCAGAUGAUUUUCUGGGACAAACAAUUGUAGAAGUGAGGACCUUGAGUGGAGAAAUGGAUGUCUGGUACAAUUUAGAGAAACGGACGGAUAAGUCAGCUGUAUCUGGGGCUAUUCGAUUGAAGAUCAAUGUGGAAAUAAAAGGAGAGGAGAAGGUCGCUCCAUAUCAUAUACAAUACACAUGUUUACAUGAGAAUCUAUUCCAUUAUUUAACUGAAGUGAAAUCUAACGGUGGAGUGAAAAUCCCAGAUGUCAAAGGAGAUGAAGCCUGGAAGGUUUUCUUUGAUGAUGCUUCCCAAGAAAUAGUUGAUGAAUUUGCCAUGCGUUAUGGGAUUGAAUCCAUUUAUCAAGCUAUGACGCACUUUUCAUGUCUGUCUUCUAAAUACAUGUGCCCUGGUGUUCCUGCUGUCAUGAGCACCUUGCUGGCUAAUAUAAACGCUUUCUAUGCGCACACAACAGUUUCUACAAACGUUCAGGUGUCCGCCUCAGAUCGAUUUGCCGCUACGAACUUUGGUAGGGAAAAAUUCAUAAAACUACUGGACCAGUUGCAUAACUCUUUAAGGAUUGACCUGUCAAAGUAUAGGGACAACUUUCCUGCAAGCAAUACUGAAAGGCUGCAAGACUUGAAAUCAACAGUCGACCUGCUAACAAGUAUCACCUUUUUUAGGAUGAAGGUUCUGGAACUGCAAAGUCCCCCGAAGGCCAGCACGGUAGUGAAGGACUGUGUCAGGGCUUGCCUGGAUUCUACAUACAAGUAUAUUUUUGACAAUUGCCAUGAACUCUAUUCCCAGCUAAUAGACCCGAGUAAGAGACAGGACAUUCCUCGGGAAGAUCAGGGACCAACUACCAAGAAUUUGGACUUUUGGCCUCAACUUAUUACACUGAUGGUCACUAUUAUUGAUGAGGACAAAACUUCGUACACACCUGUCCUGAAUCAGUUUCCUCAAGAACUGAACAUGGGAAAAAUAAGUGCUGAAAUCAUGUGGACUCUUUUUGCUCUGGAUAUGAAAUAUGCAUUAGAAGAACAUGAAAAGCAGCGGUUAUGCAAAAGUACCGAUUAUAUGAAUUUGCAUUUCAAAGUGAAAUGGUUUUAUAAUGAGUAUGUGCGAGAACUUCCUGCCUUCAAGGAUGCUGUUCCUGAAUACUCCUUGUGGUUUGAACCUUUUGUCAUGCAGUGGCUAGAUGAAAAUGAAGAUGUAUCAAUGGAGUUCCUUCAUGGAGCACUGGGAAGAGACAAAAAAGAUGGAUUCCAGCAGACAUCUGAUCAUGCCCUCUUCUCUUGCUCCGUGGUUGAUGUCUUUGCUCAGCUUAAUCAAAGCUUUGAGAUUAUUAAGAAACUGGAAUGCCCUAAUCCUGAAACAUUAUCUCACUUAAUGAGGAGAUUUGCAAAGACCAUCAAUAAAGUGCUGCUCCAGUAUGCUGCAAUUGUAUCAAGUGAUUUCAGUUCAUAUUGUGAUAAGGAAAAUGUGCCCUGUAUUUUGAUGAACAAUAUUCAACAAUUGCGGGUCCAGCUGGAAAAAAUGUUUGAAUCCAUGGGAGGAAAAGAGCUAGAUCCCGAAGCUAGCACUAUUCUAAAAGAACUUCAAGUUAAACUCAACGGGGUUCUGGAUGAGCUCAGCGUCAUCUAUGGUGAAAGUUUCCAGCUUAUAAUUGAAGAGUGUAUAAAACAGAUGAGUUUUGAACUGAAUCAAAUGAGAGCAAAUGGGAAUACCACAUCUAAUAAGAACAGUGCAGCCAUGGAUGCAGAAAUCGUGUUAAGACCACUCAUGGAUUUUUUGGACAAGACAUUAAGUCUUUCAGCAAAAAUCUGUGAGAAAACAGUUCUGAAGCGAGUUUUGAAAGAACUGUGGAAGCUAGUCCUUAACAAGAUAGAAAAACAAAUUGUUCUUCCUCCUCUGACAGAUCAAACAGGACCCCAGAUGAUUUUCAUUGCAGCUAAAGAUAUUGGACAAUUAUCCAAACUGAAGGAGCACAUGAUUCGAGAGGAUGCCAAGGGUCUGACACCAAGACAGUGUGCUGUAAUGGAGGUGGUCCUGGCUACCAUCAAGCAAUACUUUCAUGCAGGAGGAAAUGGCCUGAAAAAGAAUUUCUUGGAGAAAAGCCCAGAUCUUCAGUCUCUGAGAUAUGCUCUGGGUCUUUAUACCCAAACUACUGAUGCCUUGAUAAAGAAAUUCAUAGAUACUCAAACCUCACAGAGUCGCUCCUCCAAAGACGCAGUGGGUCAGAUAUCUGUUCAUGUGGACAUCACUGCCACCCCAGGAACAGGCGAGCAUAAAGUCACUGUAAAAGUGAUUGCUAUUAAUGACCUAAGCUGGCAGACCACAGCAAUGUUUCGCCCCUUUGUGGAAGUUUGUAUACUGGGACCCAACCUUGGAGACAAGAAGAGAAAACAAGGCACAAAAACAAAAAGCAACACGUGGUCACCAAAGUACAAUGAAACAUUUCAGUUCGUUCUGAGUAAUGAAAACCGUCCAGGGGCCUAUGAAAUUCAUCUCUCAGUCAAGGAUUACUGCUUUGCCCGAGAAGAUCGAAUUAUCGGAAUGACAGUCAUUCAGCUACAGAACAUAGCAGAGAAAGGAAGCUAUGGGGCAUGGUAUCCUCUUCUGAAAAAUAUCUCCAUGGAUGAGACUGGUUUGACUAUUCUUAGGAUCCUCUCCCAGAGGACUGGUGAUGAUGUGGCUAAAGAAUUUGUAAGACUUAAAUCUGAAACAAGAUCUCCUGAAGAGAGUGCUUAAAAUGAACACUGCAAGAAAGAGUCUUCAGAAUUCAAAAACUCUAAUUAUCUGAUUACUGCAUGCAUGUGCAAAUACAUGGGAAUGUUUAUUUACCUACGUUUCAAUGUUUCCCAGUACUCAAGUACAAUGUAUGCAAGGUAUGUGAAAACUCUGCUGAACUUUUAUACCUAUUCUGGUCUUUGGGAAAUAAAUGUUCCAUGAAGUGCCAAAAUUAUGAUGUAAAGUGAAAUAUCAAGAAUAUCUUUUAAAAUGUUCAUUUCAUUACCAAUUUCUCAUUCAUUAAACAUACUAAAAAACAGUUAGUGUUUUGAGUUGGCCCAUCGGUUGUCCUUGUUAAACGAGUUUAUAUUGCCCAUAGAUCAGAAAGCAUUUAUUACUCAAAUUCUGUUUUAUUUAGACUGACGUCAUUGUAGCUGUCUUACAAAUACCCUUUUCUAACAGAACUAGAAUUGCAGUCACUUCUAGAAAGCAUUUGUAAUUUUAUAGUUGCAGAUAUAUUGUGAUGAUUUUUGCAUACAAAUUAAAAUAGAAAAGGUGGGAAAUAUUUUAUGCUGACCAGUUUCCAACCUUUCUGAAAUAUCACUGUGAAGAAAUGCUACUAAAGCAAACUUAUACAUAGAAAUGCUAAAUAGAGUUUGUUAACAAUGUUUGAUAUAUUGACAAAACUUUGUUCUUUAAAACUGCCAAGGUCACAUUACAUUUGUAAUAAAGGUAAGUUGAUGCAUUUUGUCAUAUAGCAUUAUGUCUGUUUUAUCAUACUUCAUUCUUUAAAAAGUCAUAGCAUUAAUGGUUUAGAAAUGGGAUGGAAGGUUUAUUAAAAUUCCUAUGCUACUUUAGUAUUUUCCCUCUGACAGUUAUCUCCUUAUUUACUGAACUCUAUAAACAGUUCAAUGUUUUCUUCUCAAAAAUAUUCAAUGAUUUGUACGGAAUGCAGCAUCACUAUAUAUUGCAUUGGAGCCAACAGUCAUGUUUUCAUCUAUUUAGUGAAGAUAAGUAAGAGAAAGUCUAAAGAAAUUGCUUACAAUUUUGUAAUUUGUAUUUAUAAGCCCAAAAUGCAUCAGAUGCAAUAGGAGAACAGCAGCUCGGUAAGUAAAAAUACAACUAGGUUGGGUUUUGGAAUAUUUGCAUUUUCUGUCUUUUCAUGGUUUGACUUUUUUUAGAGUCUGUACCUAAAUACUUGGCUGUAGAAUAGUAUUAAUACUUUGUAAUUAUAACUGCUAGCAGACUACCUACACGUAGAAACAAGACCCUGUUACAAUGAUUGUGUUUUGUGAACAAGGCUGACUAGAUAUGUUAAGAACAGAACUGAUUAAUAUCUUGACUGUCAGAACCAUUCUGCUUCUGGGUGUAAAAACACAGACCAGUGAGAUUGGCUAUUUCAUGUUAAAUUGUUAGGCAAUUGCUUUGUUAAUGACUUCUCCAAAUACAUAGUAUGAUGUGAUCCUCUGGCAUAUGCAUUAAUAAAUGGAUAUAUAUAAAGCACAUGCA